AUGUUCACCAUUCCGGUGCGUUAUUCAAUCAAGAAACUGAAUGCUCAUCACCCUGUGGGUUGGAAAUUUCUGAAUCUGGCACAUGGGUCCACAGACGUUGAAUGCAUUGAAUUGUGUGGUGUUCGUGACAGUGAUGAUGAUGAUGAUGAUGAUGAUGAUGAUGAUGAUGAUGAUGAUGGUGGUGAUGAUGAUGAUGAUGAUGAUGAAAGACAACACGUUUGUUUGAUUCGGACAGGGUUAGGUUUCCGAGAUUGGGUGUCCAAAUUGGACAUUUUGAUUUUCACGUGGUUUAUAGCUGACCAGGUUCGCCCUUACCCUCUUCAAUUGAAAAAUGAUAUUGAACUCUGUUACCACAUUACUACUAUCAUCACACCGGAUGUUAGUUUGUUAGCUGAAUUGUUAUCAUCAUUGUUCUGCUGA